AGAUUACACCCAGAUCACGGACGUCUGUACUGGGGUCACAAGCUCCGCGUAAGGCCGUGCGCCGAUCACAGGACUCCUCGUUACGACAAAAGCUGUUGGGAAGCACUCUAUGUGCAUUUAAAGGUCCGCGACAAUGGUUCGAGCACCUGCGAAAGUGGAUCGAGCACUCUUUUCCAGCACUCCUACGGCGUUGUUGAAAAUGGAGACGUGGUUGUCUUUAAGAGUGAUCUCUCUUCUAUAAAGCCAGAUUCCUUGCGCUCUCAUCAUUCAUCCAUCAAUACUUUCGCUAAAUCUCCAACUUCUACACAAUGCUUCCGAUUCUCCACCUCCUCCUCCUUCUCGCCUCAACUUUCUCCUUCGCACUCGCCGCACCCAACCCCAACCCCAACCCGGCGCCGGAUGCCUUUGUUUUGGGUUCCGGUAACGGUAAGAACGAUAAUGGUGUCGAUAAAAAUGGCGUCGACAAUGUGUUGACCAAAUGGAUGACUGCUACCUCUGUCAGAACCAUUCUCAGUGUCUCGACCUGCACGAGCACAAGCACCGAGCAUCACACCAUGUGGUCUACCUCCACUUCCAUUUGUACAUCGACGGUCCCGGUAUCUACGGUCACGGCUACUAAAACAAGUGUCAGUACGUGCUGGAAUACGAAGACCUUGCCGGGCUCGGUGACUACGUCGACGGUCUCGAUCAGUACGCCUACUCCUCCGACUAUUACCCUUACCAGUGUUUCGACGUGCACCCAGACUGAGACCGCGACGAUCACUCCCUGCACUGUCACGUCCACGGUAUCUAUGACUAGCGCGGCUCCGGUUACCACUGUUACCUGUACGUCUACGCUUACUCUUUCGACUGUGACCUCUUCCAGUGUGUCGACCUGCACGCAGACGAUUACGUCGCAUCAUACGAAGUGGUCUACUUCAACCUGAACCUCCAC